AUGGACGGAUUUGAUCAAAUAGUAAAGCGGAUGGAUAGUGCCGAGCUACUCACCUUUCUCGUUGAGAUGAGUAGAAAUCUCGCAAGGAAAGAAGUGGUGCAAGAUUCCGAUUUCCACGUUUACUUGAGCCAGCUAAUCCAACUAGUUGAAAGGCAGCGGAAACUAGAACCACGGCCAGUCGUCAAAAAGAAAAAAGGCGAAGCUGCAGCACCCGCUGAGACCCCAGCUGUUGCAUCGUACAAUGUCUUUAAGCUAUUAUCGAAAAACUUGGUUACAGUGCUUCGACACCUCCCUUCAAAGAUAUACGACAUUACAAAUGAACUUUUAAACUAUCUACAGCUUGACGAACAAGGGAAAUUGACUCAAAGCUCGAAAAUUGCCAUUGUAAUAUUGAUUGACCUUUUCGACAACUUCCCGUCAAAAGUGGGCUCGUUGAUCACUUUCAGUGUAUCCCAGAUCUACAAGAUCCUCAAAAAGGACCCCACUGUCGAUGGCUACCUCAUAUACUUGUUGUACGUUGUAUCGAAACAUGCAACAAAGCAAGAUAUAGACGAGAAACUAAACACCAAGUUGGCAAAGAUAGCUACCAAGCUGCUAACGCAAGACCGCGUUAGCUUUGACAUUGAUAACCAAAAGGCCAACUCGACUGUUUUGAUCAAAAAGAACUAUGUGCUUUUUCUCAAAAACUCGUUGAUAUUGGCAGUUUCCAGCCACUAUGAGUCACUCUUGGCUGCCUCGUCCAAGUCGGGCUCAUCGAGCUCCAAGCUUAAACCAGAGACGGUCAUGAGCCAACAGUAUCAGUUUCAGCAAGCACUAUUAUCGUCGAAUGAAGCUGUGUUUGAUUAUGGGUUCGGCAACAGAGACCGCGAGAUCCGCAUUGCCAUGGUGGAUCUUGUUACCAAUUUGCUCUUGAAUUUCAUACCCGUGGGAGAUUUCCAGCCUUUUGAUUAUUUGAUCAGAGGGUACCCGUUACCAGAGUCGAAUUUCUACGACAAAAAAAAAUUGUCAAAUAUGGUUUCUGCUGAUGGCGGCGAGAUUAUAGUCGACAACAGACUGGAGAACAAUACCAUCUGGGCUCAUGACAGCGAAUUGGCAUUGAACCGUUCUUUGGAGCUCAAAUUAUUCCAGUCAAGCGUCAUCAGCACCAUUGUCUUUUACUUGCAGAUGGAACAGUUUCAAAAUCCCGACUAUUUGCAAUCUCAUUUCACUGAUUUGCUUAAUCUAAUCCUUCUCAAAUUCAGCGAUAUGAGCAGCAGUAGCAGUCUGCUGCUGCUGUCGAACGCACCUGACCUGCAAGGGAACCUUUUACUUCAGAUUCACCUGCAACUGCACCUGCACGCGCAUGUGCACGUGCAAAACACCGAUUGGAUCAAGACAGUGGAGCAUUUCAAGUUCUUGGUGGAGUAUAUCUUGGAGGAAGUCGGCACCUCGGGGAACGACAUGCUUUCAAGUUUCUUGAUUUCGAAAUUCUCAACUGACAAGGAUGCGGGGGGAGACGUGACGAUUGAUAUGCUCGAUUCGAAACUGCUCGCCAAGUCAAGAAAGAGGGACUCCAACAUCUUUGGAAUCAAGGCCCUGAAAAAUCCAAGAAGAAAAGAGCAGGCUAGUUUCAACAUCAACAUCUACAAUAACCCAUACCAGGCAUACCUUGUCUUGCUCAUGACGCGUAUUUUGAUACCAACAGGGUUGGCAUUUGAAAGCUCGGAAAAACACAUUUCAACUGAUGAUGACGUAUACAAGUCAAGUGGCUCCACCACUCAAGACGAAUUUGCAACGGCAAAUGCAGCCACCUCUGGUCCGUCCCUCCUUCAAGACUCGCUAUUUGCGUUGAUUGUGAAUGACAAUGCUUAUACCAGAAACUAUGCUUUGGAGACUUUGCUCAAAUAUGCCGAAUAUGACCAAGCGAAUAUCAACCAGUUGAUUCUCACAACUUUCAGAUUGGUGGAGCAGGCACAAAAGCAAUUGAACAAGGAAACGGACCAGGACCUGGCAAACAAGGAACAAACAAAAAAUAUAUGUGGCAUACCGGCUGUUCGACUUGUGAGUUAUUCAUUGGCAUUGCUGGCGAUUUUGAAACAAACAGAUCCUACGCUUUUGCAAAAUGCAGUAAUUGUCAAGAUUUUGACUUUUUGCACUCAAACGUUGAAGCACAACAACAACCCGAAUGAAGCAUCUAGUUGCUGGAUCAUACUCACGUCACUAGUCUCGAUUUACAAGUUUUCCGAAUACGUUAGGCUUAAUUCAUCGCAGCUUCUUGUGUUUUGGAAAAGCUUGUUGACGUCGCAAUUUAUCAGCAAUUCCACCACUACCGAUCAAAAAAGCUCAACCCAUAUCAACGAUGUAAUUGGCAACUUGAAAGUGCGGACGUUUGCUCUCACUUGCUUGUUCAAUUACGUUAUGACGGUUGAUCUUACUCCAGAGUCAUUGAAGCAGAUGCAAUUUUUGCUCACGAAAUCAUACAAUUACCUAUCCCAUUUGGAAAGUAAUAUCGAAGCUGUAGGUGCAGUGACUACCCUCGACGGCUCGAACUUCAACGACUCAAGCUUUGACCCUGAUGUGAUUGGUAACAUCUUGUACUCCAAUUAUUCUUCCAACAAGCAGUUGCCAGCCGAAAGCAUCCUCAUAAGCUUGAUCUUUAACUGCAAAAAGGUGAUUUUGCAAGGCUUCACCCAAUUGGCUGUCUUGUUGAAAAGUGAAAUCAACUCUAAUGUGGUGAUUUUUUUAAUUAAAAUGUUUAGCGACCACCGCUUGUUUGCGAGAAAUAGCUCAAUUGGACAAGAGAGACUUGUCAAGUCAAAGGCCAAAACAUCGCCCAAGGUCUUGGAAGAAAUUGGGGAUGAACUACUUUACUUGGAUGAGGAUUAUAAUCACGCAUUUGGAGUGACGAGUUUGCUCUCGUAUGACAGGGGGGCCUGUAUUGAAGAAAAAUCAUUAUUGUUGAAGUUUGGCGGUACACAUGCGCAUGACAACGACAAAGUUUCUUCCGCUAAAGGGUCCAGGUCCAUUGCUAAAACCAGAGCGGCCGAACGCGGUAAAAAAUUGCGACUUGAUCUGAACCCUGCGCAUUAUUGGUUUGACGGUUUUGAUAAGACGGCAUAUGCGUCGAGAGCUUCUUCAAUCAAUAACGACCCCAAUGGAUUCCACACUCAGCUGCUGCUGCUGCUGCUGCUGCUGCCGUACUCAACAUCAAUGAGUCAAGGCUCACCAGCAUUGAUGACUUCAUUAGUCGAUUCAUCGAUCCAGCUAUUCUUCUUGCUGUUCCCUUUCCUAACGACCAAGAUACAGUUCUCAUUGUUGGAGCAAAUCAGAAACUCAUUGACUGCACACCCAAUAGAUGCUCUUCGGCUUAAAGCAAUCCAAAUCAAUGUUUCAGUGGCAUUACACGGGGUUGCGCAAAAUGCCGUUGAGAACUCAACCACAUUUGACAAGGAUAUUGUUUCGACGAUUUGCGAAAUCAUCAAAAAGAUUGAGGUUGAAAAUAGACAACUCAUCAUGUUAAACUCUUCGACUAUUGGCUUGUGCGCCUUGUUGAUGAGCAAGGAUCAGAUCCACGGCGAAAUCACCAAUUUGGUCAAUGAUAUUGUCACUCGUGACGACCCGUACAGAAGAGGGUUUCUCAUAUUGGCAUUGUCGGAAAUUUACUACCACACAAAAGUUGGGUUUGGAGAGACUUUCAACGUGUUAUCACAGUUGAUCAACGAUCCUAAUCCAGUAUUGUACUAUUACACACUUAAGUCGUUCAUUGUGAUUUUUGAUACAAACGCCGACAAGCUCUCGUUGAUCCCGGAGGUGUUGUCCAAAAUCUUUGGCAAUUUUGUGGACAACUCUUUCAAUGACGAUUUGAAUAGCAAAGUUUUGGUAAAUUUGAGAACUCGAUAUGGUGCAGUCGGCGGCAUUGCACAGUUAUUGAAACUAUUCGUCACGUCGCUCGGACCUUCUUUGCGGGAGUGGAACCAACGCCUGAAACUCCAGCUACGAGACUUGAUUAUAUGUUUGAGCCAUGGGAUUGGUUCAGUUACAUUGUUUGACUAUGCGCAGGUGUACAAGCAAUUGAUGAACAUUUUUAAAGAGUUGAUAAUUUUUGAUCCAAAUUUGAUAGAAGAAGAAGUUGAACUCUUCACUGACCUUUUGAGGUUGAUCAUAUCAAAGAAUCUCAAAAUUUCCGUGACAAGCGUUUCGCCAACGUCGCUCAACAGUGACUCGAUAUUCCCAUUCAAUGCGAGCUACGACUUGUACUCGGCCGCUUAUGAGUGCUUUUACGAACUAUUGAAAAUUUAUGGCGCCAAGAUCAUUUCCAGCGAAACGGAGUUUUUGCUUUGGGUUUCCAUGAAUAUCAUGCCGUGCCCUGAGCUCGAGCGGUUGAUCAUGCACUGGAUAGAAAUAGACCAGGACAAGAACUGGUUCAACACAUUGAAUGCCUUGUUCAAAUCGAGCAUGAAAAAAGUUGUUGGUCCUUUCCUUGAGCUGAACUACCAGGAAAAGCUUUUGCCCUUGCUGCAGAGGCAAAAAAAACAGAAUGUCAACAGCGGGGUUGAUCUCAAGGAUGAUGAAAACGAGGUUAUCGUGGGGGACGAUGACGCAGUGGCUGAGAAAAAUGAGCCAAUAUCUUGGAAAUUCAAACAAUUUAUCUUUGAAGCCUUGAACCAUUUGUUAUCACUAGCCUACCAGAAUCCAGAGUUGGUUGAAAAGUUGAAAAAUAGGAUCCCCGAUAUAGUCAAGCUUUCAUUUUUAGGAAUCACCUCGUCAGUAACGGAACUGAAGUUGAGGGGACUUGACUUGUUGAACUCCGCCUUGGAGCUCUUUGGAGACUUGGAAGACCCCUUGUACCCAUCGGGAUCUAUUUUGGAGCAACAGCAGGCGCAAAUCAUUAGUGCGCUCGUUCCUUGUUUCACACCAGGGAAUGACUAUACUAUAAUUGUUCACGCAGUCAAAGUUUCUUCAAACUUUAUGAACUUGCCUAGAAUCAAGUACUAUUCGAAAAAGCGAAUUCUCAAGACGUUGAUUGAGUUGUUGGAGGAGCUCUCGUCGAACAAAUUUGUCAAGUUUGACUUUCUUGAAAACAUGUCCGAGUUUGGCAAGAAAAGUAUCCAAUUGGCAAGUCUCAAUUGCUGGGCCGUGCUCAAGAUACAGUCGUAUCAAGAUAUAGACGGCACAGAGGAAAAAGAGUUUAGGGAAGUGUUGGCAAAAUACUCGCUGUUGCUAACGUCAUUAUGGAUACAAGCCUUGAGGGAGUUUUCGACCAUAAAAUACAGCGAAUCCACGAGCAAAGAGUUGGACAUUUACGCUGAUUACUGGAUCAAUCUUGUGAGCGUGCUAAGCGCCGAGUCCGAGGCAAACUCCAGCAUGAUUGACGACGCAUUAGCUGGGGACACGCAAAAUUUCUUUUUCAUAAUGUUUAGUCAGUGUGUGGAGUCUUUGAUCAAGGGCAAAAACGUUGCCCAGAUAUUGAAAUGCGUGCAGAAAUUGAUGAGAAACGAAAGUUUGGUGGAAUUGGUAUUCGACGAUCAGCUUUUCGGCGAGGUUAUUGUCGUGUUUGACAGAUUGAUGUUGGUUGAUGACAAUACCGAAGUCCAAUGUCUUUUGUUGGACACCUUGGAGGCCACUUUCGAAACUUUUGUUUGCUCUCACCAGUCGAAUAUCGAAGUGGGAUUUGAUAAGCUAUUUGAAAUUGUGAGAGUCACCAUGCUUCCGUUGUUUAGAAUCCUACCAUUUAUCAAGUCAAACUUUGACUCCAAUGAUGCCAGCCACACCAUCUUGAUGAAGCAUGCCGAGAGCGCAUCCAAUUUGAUUGUUUUAAAGAAAUGCUUUGAGAUCUUGACCAAGAUUAUUGCCCUUUUACCCGACUUUGUCAAGCCAGACCUUUACUCAUGUUUGCUUUAUAUUUUUGCAAAAAUCUACGAAAGCAAGAAAAUCUUUUUGAUCUCAGUGAUUAUCCCCCACUUGAAGCAGGUCAUUGCCGACUCCAAAAAGUUGGGACCAGAACCAACUGCCGUUUUUCAUCUGAUAGUCACCAACUACUAUGAAGUCGACGCCUCGUUGACCUAUACAGUUAUCACUUCAGUGAUUCUCGUCACAACCGGCGGUCUCGAAUUGGACGAGGCAGACUCGACCAAGUUGAGCGAUGCCUUGAUUACACUCUUGGAUAAACCCGAGACGGCUUCGUUGGCCAUCAAGUGCAUAAAAUCGCUCGUUCAGCAAAAUGACCGGGCUAGUCUGUUUGUCGUCAAGAAGCUCAUUACUCAUUUAGUCAACAUUGCAAGCGGGAUGCAGAAGGAAGGACAAGAAGAUAAAGAAGAAAAAGAGGGAGGAGCAAACACGGAUCCGAAAAUUAUAAUCGAGAUCUUGAUGUUGUUUGCCAAGACUAUCGCCGGUGAUUCCGACAAGCAAGAGGCUCUCUAUUCGAUCUUGUUGCCCGUAUUGGUUCAAAAUGACGCUGGCUUGGACAAGACCUAUCUUCAUGACAAAUUGAUGUAUUUGGUUAGAUUGGACACCAAAGUUUUCAAGGAGAUUGUCAAUAAGAGCUUGAGCUCUGAACAAAAGAGCUUGAUUGAGAGUAGCAUCAAGAUGAACAACAGGUCGAGCUCGCAUGAUAUUGAUCAGUUGCCGCAAAUUGAAUUGAAAAGUUUCGAUUGA